GAUUGGUUAUAAAAUCAUUGUGUAUCCAAUUGACAAUAACAUGUCAUUAGGGUAUAUGUGUUGCACAAUUGAUUAUUAUUUCUUUUCUUCUUAUUACUAUUAUAAAUUCCAUUUGAUCCUAUUUAUUUUCAUUAUUGAAAUCAUUCACAGUAUUCAUUAUUCAUUGCAGUGAUACGUUCACUUCAGUUCAAUUCAAUUCAAUUCAAUUCAUAACAGGAUCUAUUCUGAAUUAACCAUAAGAAUCUUAAUAACAAUAAUAAAAAAGAAUGGAUGGAAUUAAAAAGAAAAUGAUUGCAAUGAAAUUAGAGAAGGAGAAUGCAAUGGAAAGAGCAGUACAAUAUGAAGAAUUACUUAAAAAGAAAGAAGAAGAACGUGAAAAACGUGAAAGUGAAAUUGCUGAAUUAAAUACUAAAAUGAAACAAGCACAAAUUGAUUGUGAUGAAGUACAAGAAACAUUACAAGAACAAAUGAAUAAAUUAGAGGAAACUGACAAACGUGCUACUAAUGCUGAAGCUGAAGUGGCAGCGAUGACUCGUAGAAUUCGUUUGUUAGAGGAAGAUCUUGAAGUUUCUUCAAGCCGUCUAACUGAAACAUUGACCAAGUUAGAGGAAGCAAGUAAAACUGCAGAGGAAAGUGAACGUGGACGAAAAGACCUUGAGAUUCGUUCGAUUGCUGAUGAUGAGCGGCUUAACCAACUGGAGGAUCAACAAAAAGAAGCCAAGUAUAUUGCCGAGGAUGCAGACCGUAAAUAUGACGAGGCUGCACGUAAAUUAGCUAUUGCAGAAGUUGAUUUUGAGCGUGCGGAAGCUCGUCUCGAAGCUGCAGAAAGCAAAAUAGUAGAAUUGGAAGAGGAACUACGAGUUGUUGGUAAUAACAUGAAAGCUCUUGAAAUUUCCGAACAAGAGUUCGACUAUGUAGAAAUGAGAAUCUUUCUUUGCUCAUUCGUUCUUUAAACAAAAUUUGACAGUUUAGAUAACUAAAGUGUGUAAUAUUUUUAUUUUAGUUUAAACAGUCAUAUGCAUUAACCUGGACAACUGAAUGAUAAAUGUUGUCUAACCUUUGUCUUAUGCUGAAAGUUGAUAUGGUCCAUAAAUUACUCAGAGUUUGACUUUUGUUGAAUUAUCUAUCACAGCCAUCAAGGUCGUUUCAUUUCACCUGAUCUGUGUGUAGAUAUGGUUUGUAAAUUCAUAAAGUAAGCUUCUAUGUAAUUACUAAGCUACGUAGUAGUCACUACCACUGUUCUAGUAUUCAACAUUCUUUUGGGAAUUUUAUACAUAAAAACUGCUUGUUGCUAAGUAAAAUAAUUAUAAUUGCCACCCCACUGUGAUAACGUUUGUUGAUUUUCGUUUUAACACUCAAUCGGGAUAGUUAGAUAACUGGUUAAAGCACUCAACUUUUGACCAGCAAGUCAUAAGUUCGAACUCAAUUCCACUUCCAUUCUUUUGGCCAGACAGUCACUCGCGAAGAAGGCGUUUUCAAAUCCUACCUACUGAUCGUGGAAGUCGAGUGCUAUAAUCAUUAAGUUAUACACCUCCAUAUAUUAAUUUCAUUCUUGAUGUAUUUUCACUAUCAUUAAACAUGGUCUCAAGUGCCAUUUGAAGUAUGCAAGCAGUCAUAACUUUUCUAUUACCCACACCAUCUGAGGAUACUUUCUCUUGAGGUACCUAAAAAAAGAAUUGAACUAGUGGCGGUCUUAGGCACUUUGAAGCGUCACCCCAGGGCUCAAGAGACAAUUAUUAUUCUAUUAUUUAUUUGAACACGUAAAUAUUGGUACAAAGGGGCACUGAAUACGUGUUAGCCACACAAGUCACUUGAUUUGUGCCUGUGCUAUGACACCGCCUAGGUUCCCAGACCGAAGCAGGGAAGAGACAAUCGCUUAAGGCCAGUCACACACGGACUUAGUUUAAGUUGUUCUUGGUGUCUUAUCUCUAUACUUUAAAGACAUUACUGCUGGCAACUGAAAUCUAGUGGGUAAGUUGAGGUGCGCUACUUGUAUCAUAAUCUUUAUUAAUCUGAGCUGAUAAUUUGUUACCAUGUGACUAAAAUUAGGCUUUAAAUGGAGUCUAUACUUCACACUGAUCGAUAAGCUAUUCAACAACAUAUAUAAAAUACAUUUCUUAAUGUUCUUAAUGGUAUAAACAUGUAAUAGUUUAAAAUGGGUAUUCUUUGUUUAUAAAUCUCUAUAACAAUCCUAAUGCGGCUCAUUCACCAAGUACAUACUUUUGUACACAGCUUCUACCUGGAUGUUCUAAUCUAUGUAGGUUAACCAAUGUUUAAACUACUGACUACUGAUUGGAAGUUAAGCUUUUUUAACCAAUAAGUCCCUACACCUCAAUGAUUAGAUGGGUUUUAGUGGUGCUUCUGGGAGAGUUAUGGAUAAUAGCCUAGUAUUUUCCUUGCGUCAAUAAAUCUAUUUGUUAGUUUGUUUUUUAUUUGCUUGAAAAUUAUAUUUCUAGUAGAAUCAGCAAAAUGACAGUAUAGCGUAUGCUGUCAAAAUUAAGUAAAAAACGAAAGAGGUGGUUACCCUUUUAAAAUUCAGCAAAUCACUUUAUUGAAUAUUAAUUUCGCCUUCAUCAGUGAUUUCGUUUUAGAUUGGUUCAGUAAAGUUUUUAAGUAGGAAGUAUGUGACCUGUGGAAUGAAACCAGUCACAAGGAAGUGGCUGACUAGUAAAAUUUAAAUAUAAUUAUCCUGUGUGUCUCAAAUGAUACUGUGCCUAUCAUAAAAUCCUGUCGUGUAGUGUCAAGGAGGGGAGUAGGUUGUUCGAUAUUCAAUCGACUUAUAAGAAUUCCUCUGCUCGCUUCUCUUCGUAACCAUUACUUAUGUACACCUAUUACCUCUUGUGGAGCAUAGAACGCCAGUUAGGAUCCUCUAACCUACUCUGAUCUAGGAUCUCUUUCCCAAUUAUUACCAAGUGAAAUUUAUUUUUAUGUCCGCCUACAGUUCCAGGCUUAAUGUGUUCUUUGGUCUGUCUUUUUCGCUAUUGCCUUCAGGAUUUUAAGUUAGGGCUUGAUUGAUAGUUUCCGUAAUGCGUUCAGCAACUUUUCUUAAUUUUCUCUUCAGCUGGAAGUUGGUUUGUCUUCUUCCACAUUUGGUUGUCGCUGAUGGCGUUUAGUCAACUGAUUUAGAGUAUCUUGCGUAGACAACUGUUUAUAAAUUCCUGUACUUCCUGGACAAUGGCUGUAGUAGUUCUCCAAGUCCUAUCUCCAUACAAUAGGAUUGUCUUAGCGUUUGUAUUGAAAAUUCUGACUAAUGUUGCCUGACAGUUGUUUAGUGUUCCAGAUGUUCUUCAAUCAACGGAAUACUGGCCUUGCUCUCCCAAUUUGUAACCAUAGCUAUCUUCAAAUUGGAUAAAUCUUUACAAAACAUUUCAUUCAACUGCUAAUUUAGUUCAUACAGAUCAGGUUGGUUAUUUAUCGUCUUCGAUAUUCACUUGUUCUACUCGACAUUCAUCUACAAGAUAUAUCCCCAUCUCUUUGAAAAUUGAUCCACUUUGAAAAAUUCAAACUCGAACUAGCCGGUUUCGUAAUUUCAUAUCAUAUCAGUUAGCUUGAUGACCAUAUUGAAAAUUCAGUCAACAGAACUCAGUUAGUACUGGUAAACAAAUAAAAUGAUAUUGACUGACUACUGUUUUUGUUCUUAUCUAAUGAUGACAGUUUUUACCUGAUCAAAUGUUUACAUUUGUUACUGUUGUCUUGUUUUCUAUUCGGAAAAAUGACUUACUGUUUUCUGUCAUCUAGUCAGCCCAACGUGAAGAAAGCUAUGAAGAAACAAUCCGAGAUUUAACAGAACGAUUGAAGGCUGUAAGCCUUGUUUAGUUUGUGUGUGUGUGUGUCUGUUUGGUUAUGAUGAAUUUAUUAUUUGGCAUUUAAUCGUUUGUUCGUAGGAAUAUAUAUGUGUGCAAAUCGGUUUUGCAUGUGUUUUCAUAUUUUUCUACAUUGCAUUGUUCGCCAUCGAUUUUUACUACUGAAUGAUUGUUCCACUUAUUCUCACAGAGAAUGACCUUAGUACUAACUAACUGACCUUUAUUCACUUCCUGUUUAUUUACUUAACAUUUCUUAAAUAAGUACAAACACACAUCUUUGCAUAGACAAAAUCUGUUUGUUUUUUUUACAUUCUACCGGACUAGUAGUUUGAUCUACUUUUCAUACUGGGCUUAGUUCAUCCUUAGAAUGUAACAUUUCUAGUCUGAAUAUAAUUAUUAUUAUAAAUGUAGACGUACACUAUAAAUUCACUUGGUAUUGUUUGGCUUGUAUCUUCCCAUUGAAGUUUAAGACUACAAUUGAUCAGUUUGUUAUUGGCAUAUGUGCAUACUGUGCGUAUGCCUCGAUAUUACACUAUAAAUCAUUACAAAUUAUUUUUAGAACUCCAUUUUGCCAUGACAAACUCAUUUAUCUACAUUUUGUUUCUCUUUCGGUCGAUACAUACAUCUAUUUUGUCUAAAAUUGCAUGUACUUGAAAUAUUCAUCGAUUAUGCAUGGCGUAUUUUAGUCUGCUGAAAUUGAAAAAGAUUUGGAAGAACGUUUAAGUGUUUUAACUCAUCAUGUUAAAGAGGUAAGUUGACUUAUUUAUAAUGGGAAAAACAUAUGUGUAUCAUGUAUUUUCAGCAAUAAAUAAAUAUCGUUGGAUUCUGUCAGUCAAAUGAAGGAAGUCUGUUGUCUAUUUCAUAAUCUAAUAGAAAUCUUUAUUUUCUAAUUAUCUUUUUAAUUAUGAAGAUAAAGAUUACCCUAGAAACACGGAAGGAUUUAUGUUACAUUGUUGAAGUUCAAUUCUUUGUAUCUGUCAUUAUCGCGGAUUUGGAUAAAUAUUACAACAUAACUAUUUAGUCAGUCAGUCAGCUACAACGUAGGACCAGGCAUACAUAUAUGCAUCGGUUCAAGUUGCCAUACCACAUUAGCACAGCAAGAUGAACACCGGAUUCAUAGAAGUAGUUAAGUCAGUGGUGGUGAUAUAUAAAAGAAAGAUUGUAUAUAAAGAUAUAGUACCUUACUAUUACUUACCCGGUGAUCCCAGCAGAUGCGAGCAAUAUUUCUAAGGCAUCUGUGGUCAAAUACUAGUAGCUUGCGAAUAUCUUCAACUCUUGAUAGCCAUGUUUCGCGGCCGAAAAGUAAAACGGAACGAACUGCCUCGCAGUAUACUCGUCCCUUCAUUGACAGACGGAUAUCUCGCCAUAGGUGACGUAAAUUGGCGAAAGCCAAACGAGCUUUUCGAAUCCGUGCUGAGAUUUCGCCAUAAGCUCUGACUCGACUAGUAGUGUUCGAGUAAAGAGCCUUCACAAGGUUUAUGUACGCCUUUCAAUGACAGACUGACCGAUGAAGGUAAAUGUAAUCCUAUCCAAGAUUGGGAUUGUGUGAAAACACUGAUCACUACUAAGUGAACUGCGUAGAUUAAAGAAAGUAAAGUAGAACUCAUUUAUUAAAUACAAAUCUCAUGUUGAUUUCAAAAUAUUAUAGGUUGUAAACAACUGAUGAGGACUUAACAAAAUAAAAUGAACUCAUAUUAUUCUGUAUCAAUCAUUGUUUUUGUUCUCUUCAAGAUAAUUAAGGGAACUAUGUGUGUGAAAUUAAACUAAUAUACUCAAAAGAUUGAUUCUUUUAUUCGUACAUAUUAUCCCAAGCUGUAUGUUAACUAUAGCUAUGACUGACUUGUCCGUUAAACAUAUCAUAUAAUAACUUAAUAGUUAGUCCGGUUAUUUUAGGGAAGGGGAUUUCAACUAUUGAAAUUACUAAAAUCUCCAUAAAACCCCUUCUGAAAAACAUAAACAUUGAUAUUAAUUCAUAUUCUUACAACGAAUCCAUAAGCCUGUGAUUUGACUUAUAUAUCACUUUCCAAUAAUGUUAUUGUGUUUACAACGUUAAUUGAACUCAUGAUUUCAUGUAUUAUAACGUUAGAUUGCUGUUGACAACAAUAACUUCUUUUACGAUCAAUCAAUAUUCAGAUAUGAUUAAUUCUAUUCACAAGAAGACUUGUUUUCUAUUUUUGCAUGUGUAUUUUAUUUUGAAGAAUCUACAUUUGCAUGAAAUAGAAUAAUUAUACUCAAUGGUUACUUGCUCCCCUUUAGCUAUCGAAUGUCAGUGUUGCAUCAAUUUCUUACGAAAAGAAAUAAUCAUGAGAUAAACUAUUGAAUUAACUAACUUUUGUUAAUCUAUAUGUAUUAUAAAUAGGCUGAACAAAGAGCAACUGAAGCUGAACGUCAAGUAUCUAAACUACAAAAUGAGGUUGAUCAUUUGGAAGGUGGGAAUUUUUUUCCUAUUUCCAUCUUAACUAUGAUAAUAAAACAUGCCUGUACUUAUGUAUAGAUUAUAGGAUUGUGCAUUGAAACAUUGGUUAAAAGUAUCUUGAUCAUAGAUAUUUAUUUGAAUGCUCUGGCAUGUGUUUUUCUAAACUCCUAUCCUUUGUUUUUUGUUUGACCUCCAUUUAUCAUUCUAUUUGUCUAUGCUUCUUCGUAUUACUCGUUUCUCUCAUUACCAUGAAAUAAUAAUAUUCAGGCUGAAUUUCGAGCUGAUACUGCUGAAGCGGAAGUUAAUCGACGUCUUAUGGAAAUAAAGAAAGCAAAAGAACGUAUAAUUACGGAACGUACUAUGUAUGAAACAUUACGCAAAGAAAUGGAUACAAUGAUCAAUGAAUUUCAUUCGAUCUAAUUUAUUCAGCUUACUUUCUGUUUACAUUAACAUUUCACAACCUGAAUACAAAAUUGCAUGUAUUGUAUGCCCAUGAUUGUAUUGUUCAGCUUGUUUAUUCAUUUUAUUUAUCAAGCUACUUUUGUCAUGAAUAAUAUAAUUGAACUAAAUCAAAUAUGAAUCAUUUAAUACGCAUGUAGUUUGUCCAUUGUUACUUUAUUAUUAUUAUUUUUUGUUCAAUUCUUGGUUUGGGCUUCUUUUUUUUUUCCUUCCACAGUUUAUACUCUUGUGAAUGCUCAAUUUGUCCUAGUUUUUGUGUGCAUUUUGCUUAUUUAUAUUUUACUUUUAAAGCAUCAUGUUGUUUAUUUGUUUGUUUAAUGUUUAAUAAAUUUAAGUGUUUU